CUUCUUGCAAAAGUUGCAUGAACUAUGAACUACCUCCAACAGCAAACAAACAGAGGAGAUGAGAGUUCUUUACGUUUAUUUUGUUACUACUUUACUUUAUUUUCUAACCAUGAGAACUACAUUAUAUGGAGAUGCAGAAGAUCCUUUUGUAGCUGACAUCCUUACGCCAUACAAGGAUUACUACAGAACGAAAAGAACACAUCGCUUUGUACGGGACUGCCAACCGAUUGAACGUGGCAACACAACCCACGAAAUAUUCAAUGUUUCCAGACUCCUAAACCCCGAAAAACCUUUUGUACAAGUUAAAAAUUUCUACCACGAAUUUAACAGAGAUGGCAAAACGUUGAAUGUGGUAGGACGCAUUGUAACGGUGGAGGAUCCGAUAAGGACCAUCUCUGUUUUAGAACCGAAAGAAGUCGGAGGUUGUAGUAAAUUUACGAGAGCGACUGUCGCCGAAACUGGCAAGCAGAGAAAUUGUUUCGUCUCUACGAAUGGAGGAAUGUUUAGAACUAGGGACGGCAUGUGCUAUGGAAAUAUUUUCAGUGACGGGAGAAAAGUACAAGAUUCUGGCGGCGUUCAAAAUGCUAAUUUCGGAAUCCGGCAGGACGGUACACUUGUUGUAGGAUAUUUGUCCGAGGAAGACGUUCUUCGGAAAGAAAAUCCUUUUAUUCAGCUUGUUUCUGGUGUUGUGUGGCUCUUGAGAAAUGGAUCUAGUUAUGUAAACGAGAGCAAAAAGGCAGAAUGUCGUGACACGGAGGAGACAGGACCUAUGGACCUUUUUGCGGGUGUUUUGUCGGCCAGAACAGCGCUUGGUCAUGAUAGCCAAGGGCGAGUCGUGAUGGUGCAGGUAGAUGGAAAAACUAAGAAGCGAGGGUAAGAAUUUUUUUUCCUUCCUUGAUAAUCGUAUAAUUUUAUUUAAUUGGCGAUAAAAGAAUAUUGAAUAGAAGCUAGUCUGGUGGUAAUCACAUGACUUAGAGGGAUUCUUUUCACUAAGUUCAGUUGCCAUGGAAUUUCAAGAAACCAGAAAUACAAUCCCUUAAUGUUCUUAUUGCUGUGAAAGAAAAUCAACAUUUACCAUUCUAAACUAAAAAGUAAGCAUGGGUAAAGUUUCCCUAACGAAUAAAGUUUAUGAUCACUCAUUGACAGUUUUCUUAGCAUUUUUUUCCCAAAUAAUUGGAGGAGAUUAUUUUCAAUUUUUUUCAAUAAUUAUACAGUUCAUAAAGGGUAGUGAUUGGUAUGAUGAAUAGGUCAUGAAGAACACUGCAAAAACUAUUUAAAAUUAUAAAAAUAAUAAAGAAAUCAGGUAAUGCAGUGCUCAACACUACCGCUAGUCCACUAGACUAGUGAAACUUCAUGCUGGGCUUGUAAACAUGUGCUCCUACUAGCCCUUAGACCAGUUACUUUACUAGAGAAAAUUAUUUUUUAAACAACUUCUGUAGCUUGGGAAGUUCUUUUUCUAAUACGCUUCAUCAGUAGUUAGUUUCUAUAGCUUGAGUAUUAAAUGUAAAACCUAAUCGUACGAUUGACUCGCAAAACGGAUGCCAUGUUGGAAAUGGAAUUAUGCCUGAGCUGGGUGAAAUCCAUCACAGGUGCGCCUGAUUUUGGAAUUUUUGUGCGCAUGUAAGAGAAGGCAUCCUUCAAUGGCCAAUUAUUCUUAAGCAGAUUUUCGUUGUUUGCCAGAGGACCUCACACAGUCUGAAGAGAAAGAGAUGCAAAAGGUUGUCGUUUUCUAGAUCUCCGGAGGUUGAAAGAAACAUAUCCUCAGCUGGGAUUCAUUAGCGAAAAAAAUGUCUUGUGGAACUUGUGGCGGUGUGUGUACUCGAACAGUAGCGCUAAGAGAUAAGGAAAUUCAAACUAUGCUUUUAUCGCAGAAACAGAAAAUUUCCGUUUUUUGUCUCUACUAGUUUAAAGUUGGACCUUCAUGAAAUGAAUUGAAUGUAUUAAUAAAGAAUUGAAAACAAACAAAGAUAACACAGCAAGUGUUUAUUCAUUUGCAUUUCGUUUUAAAAUAUAUAGUUUAUAGACUGGACACUGGAAGGAGUAGAGUGGUUCCUUACCCCCUGUGUGUAUUUUUUCUGGGCUUUUUUUUUUUUUACCAGUGACUUGUCCUCUUGGGCAAGUGAUUUAUUUCACUUGCUAGCCCAUGGCCUAGUGUCCAAAAAAGUAAUUGUCGAGUACUGAUUUAAUGCAAAUAAAUUUUGAUUUGCGCUGUUUUAGCUUGUUUCAGAGUGCUUUUUAUAUUCCAGUUUGUAUAAAAAGCCCUAUUGAAUAUAAGCCCCUCUGUUUAGAAGCCCUCCUAAACCCUUACAAAAAUAUAUAAGACCAGGGUUUAUAAGCAGCAGUUCACAAUAAUGGCCGUAACGCACUGAUGAAGUAUUUUAUUAAUAUUUUUAUUGUUUGAAAGAAUCGACUUGUACAAUUUUGCUGAUCUUCUGUUAAAAUUUGGUCUCGUAAAUGCCAUAAACCUUGAUGGUGGAGGCUCUUCAACAAUGGUGGUGAAUGGAACUGUUGUCAAUUAUCCUUCAGAUCAAUGGUAAGUGCUUCAUUUAAGUGUUACAUUUUUUACUUGCUAUCAUUCAGAUGCGAAAAAUGGUCACUGAGUAAAACCUGUUACAUGUUAGCAAAUUUUUCUGGAACUGAAUUCUAAAAGACUGUCUCAAGGUUCAGUAAAAGAGAGAGAAGGUCAUUGUCUUGUAUUCACGUUCUCCAUAUAAUAUGAAAUUAGGCACUUUCACAUCGUAGUCGUGCAGUGACAGCAAAUAAAAUUAUUAAUGUACAAAAACGGGUGAUCGCAUGGUUGCUUGGAGUUAAAAAAUUUCAACGAUCUUUAUUGUAAACAACCAAAUUGCCCUUGUCUUUGAAACUGUGACUUGUUAAAUUAAGAAGAAUAAAUUUAUUAACGUGGAGAGUUGGUAGGUUUUUUAUUUAGAGCAGCAUUGUUGUUUUGGUUGUGAUUUUGUUUAUGCCAAGCAUCAGUGAUCGAUUUUUGUGAGAUUUUAUAUACAGUCAAAGCUCUCGUAAGCAACCACCUCGGAAAUUCAAAACUAGAGCUGGUCACUUACGAGAAUGAGCUCUCAUAAGCGACCGUACGGCAAAACAAUAGAGGGUGGUAGCUGACAAGAACUUCAAAAUACAUUAAUAAUUCAUAGAAAAGAACAAAAGAAAAUUAAUGUUUAAUGAGUGUCUUUAUACAUGAUAUAUAAAUACAACUAUACGUUACGUCCAAUUUUUCAGACCAAAAAUUAAUAACCCCAAAUCUAAAAAUUAGUGCAAGAAUGAGUUGAUCUACAUCAGUAGAUUUUGAAGCUGUUCGAUAAACUCACAGUUCCUGUUUUAUCAAGUCUGAGUGGUCACAUACGAAAGCUUAAAAACAAAGGAAAAAUCCAGUUGGGUAAUCCCAAAAGUGUUCAGGGCCGCUUACGGGAGAGGUCGUUUACAAGAGCUUUUCAUUACAAAGUUUAAGUCACAGUUCAAACAGGGUUUCACAAAGGUGGUCAUAAGUAGAGCUGGUUGCUUACGAGAGAGGUUGCUAAACUUCUUGUCUUUUCCACCAUCAAGUGUAAUGAUUCUGUUAGCUUUUCUUGCUUGCUUUCUUUCUUCUCUCUUCUUCGUUAAGAACCUUUUCUUUUUUAAAAAAAAUCAGCUCUCCCUUUUUGUUAUCUCUAGUGGUAAGUUCAACUGCCCAAGACAGGUGACCACAAUUGUGUGUGCACAUGAGCCCGACUGUGUGCCCAGUAACUGCAAUGGUCAUGGACAGUGUGUGAUGGGACGGUGUGUUUGUGACAGUCAGUGGACUGGGGAAUCUUGUGAUGUAGUAAAGUGUAAAGAAAAUAAUUGUUCAUCAAAUGGAGUGUGCUCUCAACAAGGUGAGUCAAGACAGGCUAUACUUUAUGUGGACUCAGUUUGAAAAUUAUCCUGAAUAAUGUGUCUUAUUGCAAUCUCCAUUGAGUGGUAUAUGAGAGCAUCAUGUUCAAACAUUUCUCCUGUAGUAGUAAUUUUUGUCAUUAUGCAUGGAAGUUUCUAUCUACUGCAUCAUUGAUUUUCUCAGAGGGAAUGCCUUGCCACACAAAAAUAUAGCUUAUGUGUAUAAGGGAAAAAUAUAUUAAUAAAAUGCUGCCAACAAAUGAAAUUCUAUGCAGGGACAAGCCCAAUGCAAGCAAUUAUUGGAAUGCUUGUGAUGUAUUAUGAUGCUGUAAACAAAAAAGAGGGUAAAAAACAAUACAGGAAUUAUCGUCAAGGAGUCAACAGAUCUANGCAUCAUGUUCAAACAUUUCUCCUGUAGUAGUAAUUUUUGUCAUUAUGCAUGGAAGUUUCUAUCUACUGCAUCAUUGAUUUUCUCAGAGGGAAUGCCUUGCCACACAAAAAUAUAGCUUAUGUGUAUAAGGGAAAAAUAUAUUAAUAAAAUGCUGCCAACAAAUGAAAUUCUAUGCAGGGACAAGCCCAAUGCAAGCAAUUAUUGGAAUGCUUGUGAUGUAUUAUGAUGCUGUAAACAAAAAAGAGGGUAAAAAACAAUACAGGAAUUAUCGUCAAGGAGUCAACAGAUCUACAAAAAUGCCAGUAAGGUUAUUGCUGUGAUUAAAAGCUCUUACUGCAGGACAAUAAUAAUUUAUUAUAUAUGCCUCUAUUUUAGAGAGUAGCAAUUCAUAAUGAGCUGCUAGGUGAAAAUGUGAUGAUCUUUCUGCUCUUAAUGAGACCUUACAAGUCAUGUUAUCUCGUUCUUUAAAUUUGUAGAUGGCUGCUUGUGUUUUUCUGGUUGGAGAGGGGAUAAUUGCAGUGAAGGUUAGUCUUGACAACAAUAGACCCUUCUACCAUUUUUUUAUUAAGUGUGGAGAAAGACCAGUUAGCUAAUAUCCAUUAACACUAUCGGAAAGAGCGCCUUAUACUUUAAAUAAACUUGCCAAGUUACAAAGUGAUACGUUUAAAGCAAACAAAAAUAUUGCUCCUUAAAGUCACAAAAUUUUAUCAAGUUUGUAUCGUGGGGGGCAUUAACUUUAAGGCAUAUCCUGAGAAGUCUUAGGCUAAUAGGUUUAUCACAGAGGCUAUGAAAGAAAAAAACUGACUGACUUUAAAUCUCUAGAGGAUGGCAUCUUUGAUUUAAUGAAAAACUAGUAAGUCCUUGUCCCAGGAAUUAUCAGAUGGUUGCAUCAUUAUGAGAACAGUAUUAUACUAUAUUAGGAGUUGUUUUUUUAAGAAACUCUUGUCAGUGAGUAUUAUCAUGAUAUUGAUUUCUGUUACAGCUUGUCCUCCAGGCCUGUAUGGAGUAAAUUGCAGCAGGGAAUGUCUUUGUCUGAAUGGCGGAACGUGUAACCGCCUCAAUGGAGAAUGUAGUUGUAGUUUAGGCUGGACUGGAUUGUAUUGUCAACACCGUAAGUGUUAAUACCAAAAAAUUAUUUUCUUAUUAGGGCCAUUUAUACGAGGAAAAAUAAGACACGUCUUACAUAAGACGCGUCUUAAAUAAGACACGAACUGUACCAUUUAUACGAGCAUGUCUUAUCUAAUAAGACGCGUCUUAGCUAAGCCGCGUCUUAUUUAAGACGAAAUGUACCGUCUAUACGGAAAGUUCAUGUCUUAUUUAAGACGCGUCUUAUUUUCCCUCGUAUAAAUGGCCCUAUUGCUAAGGACCAUUUGUGCUACUUAUUUUUUAGUUAAGUGCUCUAAAUCUGUUGUUACUUUUCAGAUUAAACCUGUUUGGUAUAACUUGUGCCCAGUUAUAUUUAUUUAUUAGGAUUUUAUAAAAAUGAAUUUGAAUUUUUUUAUGAAGUUUUUCUUUGGCCACUAUUGGGAGUGAAAUUUUUCACUAACUGCUUUAAAAAAACUGAAAUAAUUAUGGUAACCAGGCAUUGCAAACGAUGUCAUCCUCUGAGAAAUGCUUAUUCGGGUUGAUCCUUUCCUUGAAUUGGCUGGAAAAGGACUUAUGCAGCCUCCCUGGGGUCUUCUCCCAUGGGGCGGGAGGGGGGGGGUUGGCUCAAUUACGGCAAAGAUGUUAGCAGGUUCAUCCUUCUCUAUGGGUUGUACAUUAAUAUUAUUUUUUCACUGUCAUUGUCAUCAUCUCUGUCCUUGUUAUCAUUAUUUGUAAUCUGCUAUUUUGUUAAAUUUAUCAGGCUGUUUUCCUGGAAGUUAUGGACAGAAUUGUUCAAUGAUUUGUGAUUGCCCUAACACGUGCGACUGUGGUCCAGAAACUGGUGAAUGUCUUUCUGCACACAACAAUACCCUGCUCAACGCUACUCAGAAAUGUAAGUCAGCAUUCUAGUGCACACAGAUCCAUCCUUUGGUUACAGAGAGGGUGGAAAUUGCACAGGUGCGUUAUUGCACAAUUCAGAAGUAUUUGAACAACCGAGACUGUAUAGCUGUCUGUCUCUACACUAUGGACUUUAAUAAAGUGUUUGACUCCGUUAAGCAUUUCCUAGCUGCAAAAUUAGAGAAGCUUCCUAUUGAUCCUUAUAUUAUAAAUCUGUCUUUAGUUUUUCUAAAAGACAGGAAACAGUGAGUGAUGCAUAACACUUUCAAGGGGUCAUGGAGAACUGUCAAUUAGGGCACCAGUCAGGGUACUGUUAGUGGCCCUCAUCUUUCUAAAAUCUUUCUAAAUGAUUUAGAGAUCUCACAGGAUAAUUGUACUUUUUUAUAUCAUUCAAUAUGCCGAUGAUUCAACUAUAAUUGCCCCAGGUCGUUAGAUCUGGUGACCAGGUUCAUGGAGUGGUUUUGGAUCAACUGUAUAACCUGCAGUCCAAUAAAGUGCAAAGAACUCACCUUUCUCAAGAAGGGUUCAAACGUAUAUGCUUUCUAUCUACCUACUACAGAUAUACUGCGAUGUAAAAAAUUGCAAAUCCUCAGAGUGUGUUUCCAGGAAGACUCGUGUUUUGUUAACCAUGUCAAGGAGAUGUUUACUAAGGCUAACAAAGGACUCCAUGUUUUAAGAUCUCUAUGCACGAAGGUUGCAGUCAGUUAGAAAUAGAAAACCUAUUUGAAGCUAUAGUGUUGCCAAACUUAGUGCAUGGUUUGUCAGGAUUUGGAGCCUCCAAGGCUGAACUUUCAACUUUGCAAUGUGUUCUGAAUAGAUGCUUCAAGCGCAUUGUAUUUCUCACAAUGUUGAAUAGUUGUUGUAAGACAGAAUAUGUAUUUUUAUUCUAUGAAAUAAAGACACAGAAUUGGUAAUAUUAUUAUUAUUAUUAUUCUCAAGAAAAUUGAUGUUUACAUAUGUCACAGAACUUAUUAUUAUGUCUGCUUUAUCAUCAGGGCUGCAGUGCCAGUUAGAUUUACGAAUGAGCAAGUUACUUCCAACAUCUAAUACUAAACAGCCCAAUACUGAAAAAGUCGUCACCGUGGAAAAGGAAUUUAGGUAUUACUGGAUUUAUUUGUUUUAUUAUGCCAAGUGACCCAUUUAAGGGUCUUUGAAAUAUCUGUAUUAAAGAUCAUACUUUUUUGAGAUGAUUGCAUCAUUAACAUACUACAAGGGUUGGCAAAUGGUGCCAAGAAAAUCCUUGGACUCAUAACCUUUUCACAAUCUCAAACUCUUGUAACUAAUAAUAUUGUAACUGGUCUCAAAUUCUCUUUCUUUGUGAAUUUUAUUUGGUCUUUUAUGAAACUUUUUGAGUCAAAGUCUNUAGUUGUUGUAAGACAGAAUAUGUAUUUUUAUUCUAUGAAAUAAAGACACAGAAUUGGUAAUAUUAUUAUUAUUAUUAUUCUCAAGAAAAUUGAUGUUUACAUAUGUCACAGAACUUAUUAUUAUGUCUGCUUUAUCAUCAGGGCUGCAGUGCCAGUUAGAUUUACGAAUGAGCAAGUUACUUCCAACAUCUAAUACUAAACAGCCCAAUACUGAAAAAGUCGUCACCGUGGAAAAGGAAUUUAGGUAUUACUGGAUUUAUUUGUUUUAUUAUGCCAAGUGACCCAUUUAAGGGUCUUUGAAAUAUCUGUAUUAAAGAUCAUACUUUUUUGAGAUGAUUGCAUCAUUAACAUACUACAAGGGUUGGCAAAUGGUGCCAAGAAAAUCCUUGGACUCAUAACCUUUUCACAAUCUCAAACUCUUGUAACUAAUAAUAUUGUAACUGGUCUCAAAUUCUCUUUCUUUGUGAAUUUUAUUUGGUCUUUUAUGAAACUUUUUGAGUCAAAGUCUCAAGAGUUUUUAUGCCAGGUUUCAGCGUCAUGGCAAGUUGUGGACUUUACCAUUCAUUAGGGACCUUAAGAUCCGACGACGGUGAGGGCGACGGCAACGGGAACGCCACAAAAGCAAUAGGUUUAAUUAGCCAAACAACAAUUUUGCAUGUGCAUCACGCUUUUUUGUACAUUUCUUUGCCGUCACUGCACAACUACGAUGUGAAAAUUCCUAAUUUCACGAUGUACAGAAGGUCGUGAGGAAGUACACAAGUGACGACGAAAUUUCCUUUCUCUUUCUGAACUUGAAUAUGUUUCUUAGGAAUUCAACUUAAGGAGGCUUCGCCUACAUUAAUUGACAAAGUUAGUGACUUGGAGUAAUCUCGAUGAAGACUGAAAGAACGCGAAUUCACUUUUUUAGCGAUGUUUUCUCUGCCGUCACCGUCCUUGGAUCUUAAGCUCCCUAUUGCCUCCAGUACAGAAUCAUUUGAUCCUUUACUAUUAACCCUUUAAGUCCCAAUAGUGACCGACAGCAAUUUUCUCCUAACAAUGUCCAUACAUUGUCAACAGAUAAGGUUGUGAGAAUAUAAAAAAUGAUCACGAAAGAGAAAAUGCCUUGAUGUUUUAUUAAAUUCUCUCAACUAAUUCUUAAAGGAAAUGUAUGGAGAUCAGUUUGGAGAAUUUGUAUGUGGACAUUGGGGCUUAAAGGGUUAACUAAAAUUAGCUUUAGAGGAUGUAAGAGAACCAAGAUGAAUGUUUAAAUGAAGAGGUUUAGACCAUGGAUUAUAGUCUGACCUGUCAGUCCCUCCAUUAUUAUGAUUUUAAAGUUAAUAGAUUUUUUUUUACUAAACAAACUUUCGAGCUAAUGUGCUAACUUAAAUUCUGAAUUAUAAACAAUAAAAAUACUUGAUAAUUCUUUCCUCUCAUAGGCGGCGGAGCAGGGAGGGGGCAAAGAGGUUUGCUUGUGCUAAAGAACAACACAAAGGGCAUUUUGGAAAAUCUGAGUAAGCCUGGCAUGCGUAUGGCAGAGUGGAAGAUGAGCUUCCCCCCCCCCGCCCCCCGCCCCCCGCCCCCUGCCCCCUUCAUGUUUGAAAAUGCCACUGCCUCUUGUGGAGCUUUCCAGGGAUAAUACAAAUGGAACAUGAAAAUUAUUGUUAUGUUAAGGAUGCCAACUGGCUGGAGGUAGAUCAGUUACAUGUGUAGUCAUUUUACAAGGGGGGUUGAGGAUUUGAACUUGAGACUACCGAGAACAAAUCUAGUGGGGCCUCUGGAUUGCAAAACCAUCACUCUAACCGCUCAGCCACACCGCCUCCAUAAAUCUUCAUUACUGGGAUUACUUAGUAAAGCAAGCUGAUGAAUUUUCCUCUUUUUGUUUUCUUUGAUCAUUGUGGUAAUUGUUUGGUAGUAAAGCUGAUUUCUUCUGUUUAUUUACCUUUCUCUAGCAAGCUGUUUGUGUGGUUUAUAGCAGUUAUAAGCCUCUGUGGUAUCAGCCUGUUGGCUAAUUUGAUUUUGAUAUACCUUGCCUGUAACCAAGCCUCAAGAAGUGCAGUCUGGACUAGCAGGAUGGGAGAAAGACAACUGCUUUUCAGCGAUGAUGACAAUGAGUUGUGAAGAACCCCACAAGCAGUCAUUAUCAGUGAUAGUUGCAACACUGUGGAACUGAUACUGUUUCAAAAACUAGAAAAUACAGUCUAGCUACUGCUGGACAUUACAGUUUAGCACUGUUGGUCGAUACAGUGUAGUGGCUAGUUUAGCUACUGUUGGUUGUUACAAUCCAGCUACUGUUGGACAGUACAGUUUAGCAAUGUUGGUCGAUACAGUCUUACUGUCUAGCUACUGCUGGACAGUACAGUUAAGCUACUGUUGGACUGUACAGUUUAGCUACUGUUGGUUGAUUCUGUUUUACUGUCUAGCUACUGCCGGACAGUACAGUCUAGCUACUGUUGGACAGCACAGUUUAGCUACUGUUGGACAGUACAGUUUAGCACUAUUGGUCGAUACAGUCUUACUGUCUAGCUACUGUUGGACUGUACAGUUUAGCUACUGUUGGUUGAUACUGUCUAGCUACUGCUGGACAGUAAAGUCUAGCUACUGUUGGACAGUACAGUUUAGCUACUGUUGGACUGUACAGUUUAGCUACUGCUGGACAGUACAGUCUAGCCAAUGUUGCAAAAAUAACACAGUAUUAUGGCUACUGUUGUAACUGUUGUACAAUACAGUCCAACCAUUUUGGGGGGCUAUGAUUUAUGUCUGACGCCCACUAGUUGACCACUUGGAAUAAUCACUCUCUGAAUGUAUCUGUUACAGGUCAAAAUUAUUUUCAGGUUAAAAUUUUUCAACCUAGGUUGAUUUUCAAUUUUCUUUGUGUCCUAGCCCUAAUUAUUCAAGAACUAGGGUUAGGAGACAAACAAAAAUGAGGAUCAACUCAGGAAUAUUAUUUUGACCUGUAACAUAUCCAUACUAGUGACUGAAUGGAAAAACAGCAGAAUUUAAUGUUGUCAUUGCAGAUUAGUUUCAUUAUAAGUGCCACAGGCAGUAUACACUGGCAGAAAUUUUUUGCCUCCAUCCUUCUUCAUAGAUGUAUACCUUCAUCAGGAUAAAAUAACACAUGAAAAUAAAAUACAAACAUACAAGAAAGAUGAUCAACAUUGUUUCACAGGGAACAGUUAUCGCCUAAAACUGUUUCAUUUCAUAAGUAGAGAGAACAGGGAAGAAUUAAUGAUAUUUAGCUUCUAAUACCUUUUUAAUGAUAAACUAAGUUAAAUUAAAGGAAGAAACCCUAAUUCAUUAUUUAAACCGGGUUUGCAUUAAUUUGUAUUUAAUUUUCAAAUUUUUGAAAGCAGUACAGUGCUUUUUGCAUCAAGCGUAGUGUCAUUGUUGGAAUCGUUUUAGUUAGGGUAGAAUUUUUAAAUUGUUAUAGUAAACAUUGUAUACCGGUAGUAAGAGUAAAUCUGUGAUAUUUAUAUUUCUACUAAAAAGUAGAAACAUUGUUAAUUUCCAUUCGUAAGUUACCUGUAUUGAUGUGACAAGGUAUUUUAAACUGAG